CCCAGAGUCAGAUAAGACUAGACUUAAUGUCAGGGGAAAACCUUUACCUUUACCUUAAGCUCAUAUUUAAAUCUCUUUUGAUGUCCACUGACAUUCUGUUUUCCAUUCUGGAGCUGAGAGUAAAGUAACUGCUUUGGGAGGCAGUGAUUGGGCAUUUGGACAAAGUGGCCAGUCCAGUAAAUUUGACAGCAGAGGAUCAUCACUUAAAGCUGGUGGUCUUUGCUUCUUCCAGAAUGCUGAUGUUUGUCUGCCUGUCUUCCUAGAAGAUUUGCCGGUUUUUCAAUGGCAAUGCUGAUGAAAUCUUUCCAGAAGUCGAGAGUGACAUUUGUAAACAGUCUGUGUUUCUCAGGCAUCCACUAGAGUUGGAAGGACAAUAACUUUAUAAACAAGCAUCUUGGUAUCUCUACGGAUGUCCUGAUCCUUAAACACUCUCUACCUCAUUUGAAAAAAUGCUGUGCUCGCAUAGCUCAGUCAAUGUUGUAUUUCAGCAUCAAACUAUUACAGAAAAGUGGCUGUCUAGGUAGCAGAAAUGUCAACAAUUUCUAUCAUUGCACUAUAAUUGCUUUCUUUUAUUACAUAGGCAAUAACUGCUCUCUGAUAUGAAUGGGAAUGAAAGCAGGAACAACAUCUGCCUCUACAGCCCCCAAUUCUGGCAACAGACUUAAAAAAUAAAAUUCUGCUCAGACCAAUUUCCUCUGGUGUAUCACCUCUAGCACUUAUACAUUUCAAUUCAUUUGCCUUCCUUGGCUUCUAACUCUGGAUCCACAGGGGAAUAUUAACCUGGCUUUUCUCAAAAUCUUCAACAACAGAUCCACGAUACUGUACUUAGACUUUUUGGUACAACUAAAUCAGUUUCAAACCAGUGUAAAUUAUAAUAUAAAUGCAAUCUCAAAGUUUCAAAGGAAGUGGGAGAAAUAACGAAUGCUUUUUGCUUGUGUGUGUGUGUUUCAGGACUGUUACAGUAACAGGGCAAGAUUCCCAUAGCCUCAUGGAUCCAGAGACCGAAGCUUUUUGUCAAGAGUACCUAGCACCCCAAGGUACAAUAGUGAAGCCGUAUUACUGGCUAAACACGAGCCAGAUCUGUGCAAGAUGUCCUUAUCAUAUAAGAACAGGGGAGCAGGCAAGGGUCCCUUAUGCUGAAUUCCAUCAGGCUUUUGGAUUCCCCUACGGGCCAACGCAUCACCAAAAUAAACACCUUCUCUUUUAUGAAGUAAGGCACUUCUCGGGUAAACUAAUGCAAAAGGGCCAUGCAACAAACUGUACAGAGAACGACAUCCACCCAGAAUCAAUGUUAUUUGAAACUGGAGGCUACCUAGACUCUAUUGUACGCAACUGGGAAAAUGUCAUGUACAUAAUUCUCUAUUCAAAUUAUUCACCUUGCAAUGAGGCUGAACAAUGCUGCAUAAGCAAAAUCUACCACUUCUUGAUGAAGUAUCCAGGUAUCACGCUUUGCAUAUAUUUCUCACAGCUGUAUCACACAGAGGAGGACCUCCCAAUAUCUCCAUGGAACUGUGAAGCUUUGCAGAGCCUUGCCAGCCUCUGGCCUCAGGUGACACUGAACCCCCUCUGCGGUGGACUUUGGCACUCCGUCCUCCAUAGUUUUGUGACUAGUGUCCCACAGGCAGGUUGUUAUCAUCCAAUUUUGCCCAUAAGAGCAUUGACUGAUAGACAAAAUGCACAACAAAUUAACAACAUAACAGGAAUGCGGUCUCCUUUUAUGAAGAACCUGCCCCAGCCAAUCUAUGGAAAUGCAAGUGCCAUACCAAAUCUGCAAAAGAACUAUAUGUCUGCUUUACACUUUCCGCAUCCAGCGCAAAUGAUGAAUAGCAGAUUGCCCCCACUAAGACGGCAACCAUUCAAUUUGACCCCUCCCAUAAAUGUUUCUUCCCCCUGGAAACAGCAACCCAUAUACCCCAAACCUAGAAAUAUUGUGAGGCACUUAAACAUGCCAAAUGACUCAUUAAGCAAAGUGAAACAUUUGCAAGUAAUUCCCAGGGGAAGAGCUGUUCACAUGGAGAAAAUUACUAAACAACACUGAAGCAGCAAGCCGGUGGAGCAUGAAGGCCACAGGAAGAAAAAGGAUUAAAUUCAGUUCAGCUAGAAAGCUAUUACAGGGCUGGGCAAUUCCCUUGGUACGAAUAGUUACAUAGAUAUACAAUGAGCUGGGAAAACUAGAGCUCAUUAGCAUGGAAUCAGCAAAACAUGCACAUUAUUUACACUUGAACUGGAUUUUGUGCCAGGAUAGAAAACUUCAGCUGCCAGCAGCAGAAGGAAGAACCAAAACUAGUCCUCUUUGUCAUCUCUACUUUAGCCACUGGAAAGUUCGACUUGCCAAGAACUGCUGGCUGCCAGCAGCCAAGUAAGGGUCAGCCCUCCAUUGUUCAAUUAGAACGUUAAGACUUUUUAAUUUUUUUUGCUGUAUAAUUGUUUCAUAUUAUUACUCCAUAUUAUUUUUCUUUCUUUCAACUGUCCUCUGAUUAUCUGACAACCAGGUAGGAUAUAAAUACAAUAAAGCCACAACUAACUGAGCUGACUUACCGCAAA